AUGGCUCAAGAAGUUGUUAACCCAGAAGAGCAGGUUGUUCUUGGAGAAGAGAUAGAUCAUGUUAGGCUGAUCACGUUGAACCGGCCUCGUCAAUUGAAUGUUAUUUCAUCAAAAGUGGUUUCUCUGCUAGCAUAUUUCUUAGAGAAAUGGGAGAAAGAUGAUAACGCCAAGCUUAUACUAAUCAAGUCAAGUGCUAUGGGUCAAUUCUCCAGCUUUGUGAGUGAUGAGAGGGGGAACCCCACUGAGGGUGGGACAAUCAAGGGUGCUGGUAGAGCAUUUUCAGCUGGUGGGGAUCUAAGAAUGUUCUAUGAUGGAAGGACAUCAAAGGAUUCUUGUCUUGAAGUGGUUUACAGAAUGUACUGGCUUUGCUAUCACAUCCAUACGUAUAAGAAAACCCAGGUUGCUCUUGUCCAUGGAAUUUCAAUGGGAGGUGGUGCAUCAUUGAUGGUCCCGAUGAAGUUUUCAGUUGUCACAGAGAAAACUGUGGGGGAAUUCCUAGCCUUAACAGGUGCAAGGCUGAGUGGUAAGGAGUUGGUUGCUGUUGGAAUGGCAACGCAUUUUGUCCCUUCUGAGAAACUGCCUGAACUAGAGAAGCGUCUGAUAAGCUUGAAGUCUGGUGACGAGAUUGCAGUGAAAUCUGCAAUCGAAGAAUUUUCUGUGGCUGUACAGCUUGAUGAAGACAGUAUUUUAAACAAGCUGUCGAUUAUUGAUGAGUGCUUUUGCAAGGAUACUGUGAUAGAUAUCUUCAAAUCAUUUGAAUUUGAGGCAAGCAAGGAAGGAAGUGAAUGGAUAGGUGCAAUACUGAAAGGGUUGAAAAGAUCAUCUCCUACUGGAUUGAAAAUUACACUCAGAUCGAUUCGUGAAGGAAGGAAGCAGACACUGGCUGAAUGUCUCAAGAAGGAAUUCAGACUAACAAUGAACAUACUCCGCACCACCAUAUCUACAGAUGUCUAUGAGGGUAUUAGGUCUCUCACCAUUGACAAGGAUAAUGCCCCAAAGUGGGAUCCACCAACUGGUGACAAAGUGGAUGAUUCUAAAGUGGACCUAGUAUUUCAGCCUUUCGAAGAUGAUUUGGAGCUCCAGAUUCCUGAAAACGAAGAACACAGGUCAGUAUGA